UAACUAACUAAUUAAGUUGCUUUAACCAUUCUUUAAUCUCAAUCUUGAAACGACAGUCUCUUCAUCUAUAUCCUGCAUUAAACGCAGUUCGUAAAAGACAAAAGGGUGUCAUAAACACGAGUAUAUAUAAACACAUUUCCUCACAAAUUCUCUCUGUUUGUCACUGAGCAAAAACAAAGCCAGAUUAAUCUUGCUGCUCCAAAUUUCUUGCACGCUACUACUUCCUUUCUUUUCUCUCUCCUCUUUCUCUCUCUUCCACUUUCAUUCUGCAGACAACCUUGCGCUCCAAGGAAAAUGGGAGAUAUCGUCGCCGGUGAAGUUCCGAAGUUACAGACUCUCAAUUCCUCCGAUUUUCGCCAUUACUCCAAGCAUGUUAAGGAUAAUGUCCACGGAUUCAUUCAACUUGAUCCGCUUGCACUGAAGUUCAUAGACACUGAGCAGUUCCAGAGACUUCGUGAUCUUAAGCAGCUUGGGGCUGUACACUCUCGGUUUGAGCAUUCAAUUGGAGUCUAUCAUCUCGCUGGAGAAGCUGUUAAUGAACUUAAAAGAUACCAAGGUUCGGAGCUUGGCAUCGAAAAUUUUGAUAUUCAGGCUGUGAAAAUUGCCGGGCUAUUGCAUGAUGUUGGUCAUGGUCCAUUCAGCCACAUGUUUGAGAGUGGGUUCCUUCCAAAGGUUCUUGGCGGUGGUGCUAAGUGGUCUCAUGAGGAUAUGUCUGAACGCUUGGUUGAUUACAUGGUUGAUGAGCACCACAUAGAGAUGGAAGAUGCCAUGCUAAAGAAAGUGAAGGGAAUGAUAGUUGCCAGCACUGAGCAUGGUUCAGCAUAUCGUGUGAAGGAUAAGAGAUUCUUAUAUGAUAUUGUUGCAAAUGGACGUAAUGGAAUUGAUGUUGACAAGUUUGAUUAUAUUGUUCGAGAUUCUCGGGCUUGUGGUCUUGGCUGCAACUUCCAGUUUGAGAGGUUGCUGCAAACAAUGCGAGUCAUGGAUGAUGAGAUAUGUUACAGAGCCAAGGAAUAUCUUACUGUCAGCAAACUGUUCAUUACCCGCGCUGAUCUGCAUCGAACUGUUUAUACACAUGCGAAAGUGAAGGCAGUAGAGCUUAUGGUUGUUGAUGCAUUGCUGAAAGCAAACAAUCAUCUUCAAUUUUCUGCUAAGAUUCAUGAUCCUGCUGAAUUUUGGAAGUUGGAUGACACUAUAAUUAAAAGAAUUGAAAUCGAUCCUCACCCGGCGCUGAAAGAAUCUAGAGAUUUGAUUGCACGGAUAAGAAGGAGAGAUCUGUAUCAGUACUGCAACGAGUUCACUGUUCCAAGAGAUGAUCUUGAACACUUCCAGGAAGUUACUGCCAAAGAUAUUAUCUGUUCACAGGUGUCUGGUGGGGUGACCCUACAAGAAGAUGAUGUUGUUGUGAGCAAUACCAAGAUUGAUCUGACACGAGGAAAGAAUAAUCCGCUUGCAAGCGUCAAAUUUUUCCAGGACUAUGAUGUUGAUGAGAACUUCACCAUUGGGGAAGAAAGUAUCAGCCAGCUACUCCCUUCGUGCUGUCUAGACAGGAUCGUGAGAGUGUACUCUAAGAAGCCAGAGCUGGUGGCAUCAGUGUCUGAAGCAUUUGAGAACUUUCAGCAACAUAAAUAUGGGAGGAAAACUCAAGUACACGGAACACCACAGAAGAAGAAGCAGCGAACGGUCUAAAAUCUGCAACAAACUGUCGUCCAACUUGUAGCAGAAAUUUUCAAGUGUACAUACCUGAAGACAAGAUGUAUAUCAAAAUAUCAUAAGUAUAUUUUGUAGGCAAUACGCAAACUAGGAAUAGCAGGUUAUGCUAAAAGGGUUUAUACACGCGACUAAUUGUUUGUAGUGUUAAAAUCUGUGUAUUCUUCACAUUGGUGGCACAUUAAAGUUCUAGUCUCAUAGCUGAUGUUAGACAAGUAGCAGUAGCAGUAGCAGUAGCAGUAACAGUAACUGAUACUGCGAUUUUUGGGAGUUUGAUUCUGGUCUUCCUAGUUACGAGAACCUUUUCAGUUUUCACUGAAUUACAGGAUGUGAUUGUAGAACUGGACAUCACAAUUUUGGCUACAUCUGGUGAUGUCAGUAUGAAUGUAUGAUGCUUUGCAAGGUUACACAAGUGCAAUAGGCAGCACAUUUCUCAUUAUUCUUUUAACUUGUAAGAAAGAUUUGGACUGUA